CGGCGGCGUGGUCUCGCGCGCCCGUGCGCGCGCUCGCGCGAGGGAAUCGCAUAAUACAUCGCGUGCACUCGGCGCGUGCCAGCAGUCGAGACAGCGUGGUGUGGCGCCCGGCUUCUCAUUGUGCGCGGUGCCGCUGUGGUGUCGAUACUCGCCGUUGCGUGUUGGGAGACAGCGCUGCCCUGCUACGACACUGCCAACAGUUCACUUCGCAGUCACUCUUGUCUCGCCGAUUCCCCUGGGCUACCUACCGCAAGCCGGGCAGACUUCUACUAUCACCGCCACCGAGUGCCGCAGCCUCUUCGGGGCCCAAUCGGCGUGGCCCUGGCAUCGGCCGACCCGCUGGAGCAGUGCGGGCGCAUCGUCGCCGUCUGCCACCGGAGGUCGCGCCAUGUACGGCUCGCGGCAGGAACCCCUGCACCGGGACGCCAUGAUGGCGCUGGCCACCACGGGAGCCGAGUGGAGGCCCCAGGAGGAGGACGAGGCGCACAGCCAGGCGUCCUGGGCGCCCUGCGACGCCUCCUGGGCUACGCCGCGAUUCCUGGAGGACGAGACCCUCCAGUGCAUCCCGCGAGAGAGGUCGGUGCUGAUCAAGAACUGCCUCAAGCUCACCAUCAAGCAGCGGAGGGAGGCGCUAGGCCUCGGCGACAUAGAACCGGAGUACAAGGCGCCCGGACCGGAUCAGCUGACGAAGGAGGACGAGGAGAAGCGGAGGCGGCGCCGCGAACGGAACAAGAUCGCCGCCUCCAAGUGCCGGAACCGGAAGAAGGAGCGGACCGUGCGUCUGUGCGAGGAAUCGGAAGGCUUGCAGAGGGGCAACGCCGAGCUGCGCCGGGAGCUGCAGAGGCUACGUCUGGAGGUUCAGCAUCUGACGUCACUCCUGCGACUACACGUCUGCAUCGCCUCACCGGCAGUGUCGUCGGCGACAGAGGCCUUCCUCGGAGGUGGAGCAACCUGCCGUUGACGUCACCGAAAGUUUCUCUUCGCCUCUGCUGCUUCCGCACCAAUCAGCGUAGCGCGUUCGACUCUGAAUUCUCCAGGAAUUUUGCUUACACUGGAAGAUCGUUGUAAACGGUGCCGUGGGCGGUCUGCCAGAUGAGGUGCUUCAUUGACAGUGUACCGAGGCGGACUUCCAAAGGAACUGUUUCCGCAUUAUUAAGAGACCAUACGUUUUCUUUUUUUUUUCUUUUUUGUAUGGCAUGUCGGAGAACACUGUGAAAAACAACGUCUGACUUUUUCGAGAAGGCUUGACGGCAGCUUUUGUCCUACAGCUCAGCCCUGCACCAAUAUUCUGCAAGUGGAGACGCCAUGGAGAGCAAGAGUUCGCUUUUGAUAGCGUUGGCAACAAGUCGAACAGGAACUUUUGGUAUUGCUCCGGUUUUAUUCGUCAGGGUAACAGCUGCAUGUGAGCUAUGGUGGAACUCGCAUAAGGGUGACUGUGUAAUUGAAGUGGAGUAGGGCGCCGCGUACAGUGCCGCAACAUCAGAAAUGCCGGCAUUGUCACAUGUGUUUACUGUGCGAUUUCGUAAUGUUGUAGUGGGAAUAACUUUGUCGACGAAUCCGCCUGCUGCGGACUCCAAAGCAAGUUUGCCACUUGCCCCCACUUGAGGUCCUGCCCUGUACUUUGAAAAGAUAAUCUGACCCCUUGGAAUGUCAUUGCUCGGCUUUACGUGUGCAUUGCUGUCAACGCAAGGCUUCGCCUAGGCCUUACAUUCCGUUUGAAGGAUGUUCAUCUGUGCACUGAGCAAACAAAACUGAAAGUGAGCUUGCGGGACCUAGUCCUUAGCUAGAAUGCAAUCCUGUCACCAUCAUCAUUAUAGUGCCCUCACGUGCCAUCGCCAUUAUGGUUGGCCAUUCUGGCUGUGCUACUAGCGCUACUCGCUUUUACAGGGGAGAUCAAGGAAUGAAUGCGCGACAGUGCCGAUGAUAUUUCACCAAAUAGAAUGAGUAUGCGAACUAAUUUCUACAGCUACGUCGUCAAAAAGUGUACUUUUUCGGUCAGAGACUGUUCAAGGGUGCAGGGUGACGAUAACAUACACGUGCCAGAAUCAGUAUCUCGCCAAUUGUGCUUCAGCAGAAGCCUACAUACGCAGCACACCCUCUUUAGUGUCAUCACUGACACUGUAGUGCCACUCCCGAGCUUUUGAUUGUUAUCUGUAUUUUAGACUUUCGGUUUAAGAAACGAGCAGAAAGAUAUGAAGGAAAAAAUGCUGAGGGGAAGUUCGUACUCAUUUGUGUACUAUAUACGAGUCUAUAUGGGUGUGAAACGCAAUGAACCAAUUAAAAUUGGAUGACGGUAUACGACUUCGUACACCAGAUUUUCCUGAUCAUCAUUUGCAUUGGCCGCUAUCAGUAAUCCGGGCCUCUGAAGUUGAUAGAUUGAUUAUACUGAAUAUCCGCUUCACUAGAGGUGGUUCACGCCAAGCUUUCGCUUGGCCAUUCUAGGCGACGUCUGUUGGCUUGAAUAAACACAGUGAAAAUGAUUGAUUUGAAACCUAGCAGAUCAAGUAUAUUAGUGCAAAUGAGAAUGUCUCAGUUUCUUUGAUAUUCGAACCAGAUUCUGCAGCACGUGAAAUAUAGCAAAUAUAGCCUAACGCCUAACACGUGCUACAGAAAAGUUCUGCAACUUCAUAACCAGACAAGCCGAUGACACCUUGUCUUAAAAUAGCAUGAAUCUCUUUUUCACUCACAGCCACAUAUCACUCAAAAUCAUAAAGACAUAAUUUGGAACGAGAUUGGUUGUGUAAGUGCUAAGUAAAAGCUGUUCGCUCAUACUGCUUUAGGGGUUGCAGUUAUUGAACGCUUAAACCUGUGCGUACAGGCUUCACAGUUAGCACAGUAGUAGGAUACUUGCAGUAUCGCGAACACUAAAGUGAACUUAUACCUGUGAAUGAAACCGAACACACGCUAUUCGAUGCCAUUUUAAUUGCGUUCUACAGGGCGUGGACAGAACCUACCACGCUAUCUCAUAGCGCACAAAAAGGCAUAAAAUGCGGCUUGCUAAAUACAAUAAUUUAAUUUCGAGCAAGUAGCGAAGUUUGGAACUCUGGUACUGAAUUCGGUAUGCAUAGUUUUGAAGUUUCAACACAGAAGGUCAAUUAGUAACUAUCGUUAAAUUUACCACAUGAAACAAACAUUUUGAGAUACCACGUUAACACACAACAUUCUUACCACGAUGCGAGUCAUCGGCACGCAAGUUUUGCCCUAAAAGUGAUCGGGGAUAAGGGCAUUAUGGCAGGAAGAGGGGAGGGGGCUCAAUAAUUUCAGAGGAUACUUGGAAUACACAUUUCAAUGCACGAAAAGAGUUGAAAUGCUGUUUCGCAUAUUUCUCUGGCUGCUGAAUAUGCUGUUACUCGGUGGGGAUUCAAUUAGAGCGAAACGGGGACAGAACCUUGACAUUAACUAAGUGCAGCAGACGUCCACGAUCCUAAUUUGCCCAAGUUGGAUAUCUUAUUCUGUGUAUGUGAAAUAACGUUUAUUCACGUGGAAAUCUUCACCUUCCUCCAAUUUGACAGGAAGAAAUGUGGAGACGUUGUUGCGUCAGGAACUGCAACUGUGGAUCCUCCAGCGUUCUUCUAAAGCGAGGCAGCCGCAGUGGCAUGCUGUGAAACACUGUCACCUAUAACCUGGAAAAUGCUCGUGCUUUCUUUCUCAAGCACAAAUUCUAGAAACGUGAAGAAGGGUAAAGACAGGUUUUUUCCGAUCAUGUGUACUAAGAAAAUGGCCAUAUCGUACCGUUGGCAUGUCGUAUCGCUAGUAGUUGCAAGGCGCAUAAAGAAACAUAGCGGAGGUGGUCGUUUGCAUUGUUCGUAUUAGGAAACUGAAAACACAAUGUGCCAGUGUUUUGGGUUUUUACAGAAGUGCCUUAAAGCUGUGGUAUGGUUAUUAAAUAAUCUGGCUCAAGCGGGGUGCGUUUUACACCCCAAGCAUUUACCUUUCAAGUUCAUGCGCAUGCGUGAACAUUCAUCACCUGUUACAGAGGCGAAUAAUUUUGUGUGAUUGUUUGCUAAGCUUAUGCCAUUGACAAUGUUGUUACAAUGGAAAGCCACCUUUCUCCUGUUUCUUAUGUUUCUUAUUGAAAGAUGCCUUUGCGCGCUAUAUGGACCGUUGUAGCCGUUACCUGUUCCUGUCAGUUGUAGUCAAUACUUAUGUGUCUCUACAACGAAAUGCUCAAAUCACUGUUCAGUGCAUGCGCAUGCUUAAGAUUUCCGGUGGCAAAACAGAUAUGCUCAAUAUCACAAAAGUUCUUGCAUUAUACUUUUCAGAUAUGCAGAAGGCCACUGCGUUUCACGCACCAUCCUUUGACUACUUGUCCUUAUUGCUCAAAACGCUGUCAUAGUUUUCGACAAGGGCACUUGUAUAAAAAGCCUAUUUCGUCAUAAGCUAGCACAAGAAAAACUUAUUUAGUCAUAAUGGGCACUGCCACCCUGACUGUAAAGCAGGAUCCGAGACAUGAGUAGACCAAGAAGUUGUAUGUGAUGCGGGUGUUGACAUUUGGUUACCCCUUCCCUAAAUUGUGUCUUGCUGGGCUACGAGAAACAAUAAGUUGCGCACUUUUGGCACAUAAGCAGGUUGAUGCUAAAGCUAAGGUGUGUUUACUGCAUUCUACUUAAAUGCGUGUCUGUGAAUCUUCUUUUCGAAUCUCUCAGGACGUGAUAAUAACUUGCCGUGUUUCCAUUUCACUCCUCUUGUGUCCUCGAAUCUCGUGCUAACGUUUUUCGCGCCUGAAUUUAUGUCGCCACUUAUUAUUUUGUGCAGCUCAAGAAUCCGCUUGUUACAUGAAAUGAAGGCAUCUUGCGUAACUAGCGCGUGCAGCGCAUCACAAGGUCUAGCAAGGUUUCAAGAGUAAUUGCUCUUUUUUAUAUUCAUGAAUUUCGGGAUGUGCGUCGGACGCGCGCUGUACGAAGACCUCAAUUUGUCUUACGCGCAUGGCAGGAUGUCACUUGUUAUUAUGUCAAAGUAUGCACUCCUUGUGCUUGUUAUGUUUCGAAUGUACAACGUGAUGAAAAGCUGCGAAUGGGUGAGAGUGUCUGUAGAAUGAGCGGCAUUCACACACAGUUGCUGAGAUUUGCAUCUGCAAUGUUACUGUGAUUUUUUAGCCCGAGGACUGUAGAGUGUGAAUAGUUCUGUGAACUGAAGUUUUGAUGAGAAAUCAACAUUCCAAAAGCCACUUUGUGAUACAAUGCCACAUGAUGAAAUAUGUAAGAAUUUAACAAGUAUUUAUUUUUUGUGCUGUGUGCUAUGUCCAGGCGUGUUUCCUUACAUUGAUGUUGAAGAUGAAAGCCACGCACAGAACAUGUUAGAGACAUGAUUUGGUGGUUCAAGUCGGGCUGCUCAGUUUACACAAGGACACUGACAACAUAAUACGAAAUGGCUGGCUGACCACCUUCAUCACUUUUGACGUGAUGCUUGCACCUAGGUCACAAUUUCUUUUGGUAAGCCUAAGAACGUUUCGAUUCUCUCAGCCACCAACUUUUGGUGAACUCUUUCAGAAGUACUUCGAAUCAGAAGUCUGUGUGAGCUUUUUGUUUAUGUGUCUGCGUGUGUUAUUGAGCUGCGAAACGUGUCACUUUUAAACGUCAAGAAACAAGAAUGCAAGCAUCAAAGUGUGCUCAUGUAAGCGUGAUAACCUCUCAGUAUAGAUGAUAGUUUCAAGAUGUGCGGUCCGUGAGAAAGGUGAAGGAGCAUGCAGGUAGCUUAAAACUGGUUGAAGAUCCCGUUAUGUUAGGGCAAAAAGCGGUUCUCCCAGCCCAAUGUUGAUCCCUCUCUCCGGCUUUCCUUUUCAAAAUGUUAUCCUUGUUUUAUUGUGCUACACUCGGAAGUCAUGUGAAUAAAGCUGUCGCUUGUG